AUGGCUGGUGCUACUGCUCCUGGUCUCGCAAUCUGCACGCUUCUCCUCCUGGUUUUCGACGUUCUGUCUUGGGCGGCCAGAUUCUAUGUACGCAUUUCACGGAAAGCUUGGGGCCCCGACGAUUGGUGCAUGUUGGCUGCAAUUCCAAUUUUUGGUAUCUCUACCGUUGGAAUGCUCGGGAUAGCAUUUACUGGUGGCGGUUUGAAAGAUGACCAACUCACUGAGAAGCAGCAGGAGACUGCGAUGUUUUGGUGGUUCAUCAUGCAGACGAUGUGGUGUCUGGCCGCCAUACCGGUCAAAUGGUCCAUUUGCUUCACACUCCUUCGCAUCGCCAACAAGCAGUUGCUCUACACCAUACCGAUCUACUGUUGUAUGGGCGCAGUGUUCCUCGUAAUGAGUUCUACCACGAUCUACGAGUUCUUCCACUGUGUCCCUGUCGCGAUGAACUGGAAGCCAACAAAAUUUCCCAAUGGUCACUGCAAUGCCCAGAGCAAUAUCACCGGCUUCAGUUACGCUCUCUCAGCCGUUUCGAUAUUCACUGACUGGUUCUGUGCUUUGACUCCGAUUCCUCUACUCUGGAAUGUUCAGAUGGAUAAACGGAUCAAGCUCUCGGUCAUUGCGCUCCUAAGUCUCGGCAUAUUCGCAUCGAUCGCUCCUCUCGUUCGUCUCUCUAUCACAGUCAACCUUAGCGCGACCAAGGACUUUCUGUUCAAUGCUAUGGAUGUAGCUGCAUGGGCACAAGCAGAGCUCGGCAUAGGAGUUAUCGUAGCCAACCUACCAGCUCUCCGACCACUCCUCGAGAAAGUCCUCAGCCUACGCUCCACUAUUCGCAGUGACAAGCGUAGCAAACAGCAAAAGUCGACAGACCGCUAUCUCGAACUGGAAGAAGGUUUGUCCAGCCGUAAGCAAAACUCCAAGUUAGCGAGCCAAAAGGGCACCGAAACGCGAAUCUACGGCGGAACGACUAUGGCCGGCGACAGCAAUUCCACUCUCGGUGAUGACCAUAGCCAAAAGAACAUUGUUACCUCGCCAGCGCACCCUGGCGCUGGUACCGGCAUUAUGGUCGACCGUGAGGUGCAAAUCCGUGUGAGCCAGGGUUAG